UUUUGGGGACGUUACAUCAGUCUGAAAAUCAGUUUGCUAUACAGUUGCAAUCUUCAAAUGUGCAAACUGCAGGGACUUUGAAGACUGAUUGGGAUGUUCGACUAGUCCACUACGAUUGAAAAGUCUGAUGACUAACCAUUUAACAUUCUCGAACAAGUGAAAAUAAUUUUUCACAUUUCUUUAAAAAAUAAAUCAAUAAAAAAUUAAUAAUGGCAGACGUCCCGAUAGACGGUAUGUCCCGUAAAAUUUCGUUCGGGUUUAACAAUAAAAUGAAUGGUGUUGAAGGAAAAACACCUUUUCUUAUUGGAGUUUCUGGAGGUACAGCCAGUGGAAAGUCAACAGUAUGCAAACGAAUAAUGGAGAAACUUGGCCAAGUGGACGUGGAUCACAUGGAACGUCAAGUUGUUUGCAUUUCACAAGAUAGUUUUUAUCGAGAUUUAACACCUGCUGAAAAAAUUAGAGCUGAAAAAGGUCAAUAUAAUUUUGACCAUCCUGAUGCUUUUGACAAUGAUUUGAUUCUUCAAACUCUUCAAGAUAUUCUUGCUGGAGUCAAAUGCGAAAUUCCCGCUUAUGAUUAUAGAACAAAUAGUCUGAUGAAAGACCAAAUAACUACAAUCUACCCAGCAGAUGUGGUUCUCUUUGAAGGAAUACUAGUCUUUUAUUUUCCAAAGAUUCGUGAUUUAUUUCACAUGAAAUUAUUUGUAGACACAGAUUCAGAUACAAGACUUGCAAGGAGAGUUCCAAGAGAUAUAAAUGAACGAGGAAGAGAUCUAGAUUAUGUUUUAAAUCAAUACAUGAAUUUUGUAAAACCAGCAUUUGAAGAAUUCUGUUUACCAACAAAAAAAUUCGCAGACGUUAUAAUACCACGAGGAGCAGACAAUACAGUGGCGAUAGACCUUAUCGUGCACCACAUCUGGGACAUUUUACAUUCGAAAAAGGCUGAAAGUGCAUCCGGGCAGCAUCCAUACAUCCAACGUAGACGCACUUCAGCUUCAUCAGACACCCUCAGCAGAUGAUUCAUUAAAAUUUAAACAAAUAAAUAAUAGUAUCAUGCAUGAAUCAUUCAGUUAAUUGCCUUUUGUAGUUAUAAAAAUCGCACUGCAUUUAAUAUUUGCUCAUUUCUAAUAAUCACAUCAACAAGUUAGCUCAAGAGCAAUGUUUAUAAACAAAUUCAAACAAACAAAACCAUUUCCUAUUCCCUUUUCUAUUCAAAUAUUUACUUUAUAUAACUUUAUAUAGACAUCGUAGAAAAAAAAAUUCACAAUCAAUGUUACUUUUAUAACUAAUUGACAAUAUUUACGUAGAAUUUUGU